GCCCGGAGCUAUGGGGUGGGGGUGGGGCUGGGCGCUGCUCUGGGGGCUGCUGGGGACAGCCCCCGCCCUGCGCUGCCCCCUCUGUGACGUCACCGGCUGCCGCCCCCCCGUGGCCUGCCCCUCCCCCCGCGCCGUUUGCCGCCGCACCACCCUGAGCGCCCUGAGAGACGGGCGCGAGCUGCGGCGGGAGGAGAGCGGCUGUGACGUCACGGGGCCGCCCGAUGUCGUCAUCACGUUCCGCUCGCACGGCGAGCUCGUGACGCUGCGCGAGGAGCGCUGGGGGGAGGGGGAGGGGCGGGGGGGCCACGCCCACGGACACGCCCCCGACACGCCCACCAACGGCAGCCGGAGGGAGGCGGGCCCCCCCCGGCUCUGCCCCACCUGUGACGGCCAUGACGGUUCCUGCGGGCGCCCCCUGGCGGCGCUGCCCUGCCCCCGCCCCCGCGACCGCUGCAUUGACGUCAUCAGCCGGGGACCGGGCACAGUGGGGGAGGGGCGCAUCCGGGGGUGUGGCCAGGCCGGGCCCUGCCGGGGCCUCCUCGCCUUCGAUUCCGGGAGCGGCCGCGGGGCGGCGCUGCGGUGCUGCCAGAGCGACCAGUGCGGAGAGGAGCCCGGGCCGCCCUCGCGCCUGCGCUGUUGGGGCUGUGACGGCCCCGCCCCCUCCGGCUGCGCCCCCCGCGAGCUGCGCUGCGGGUGGGGGAGGGGCCGCUGCUUCACCGCCCGCGGCAGAGGCUGCCGGGCGCUGCAGUGCCUCAGCUGUGGGGAGGAUGAUGAUGGCGGCUGCCGUGACGUCACCAACGUCACCUGCCCCACGGAGAGCGACGUCUGCGGCGAGGCCGUGGCGGCCGUCAGCUGGAGCCACGGUCAGCUGGCCGUGGGCUGGCGCGGCUGCGGCCGUGGCCAGCCGGGGGCGCUGGCCCGGGCCCUGCAGCUGCCCGGCCUCGUGGCCUUCGAGCGGCGCCGCAACUGCCGGGGGGAGGCCUGCAACCAGCAGCUGCCCCUGGGGGGGCACGGGGCGCUGGCCCUGCCCGCCAACACCACCGACCCCUCCCCCAACGGCCUGCGCUGUUAUGGCUGCCCCGAGGCCGGGCCCUGCCCCCCCACCACCAUCGUCCACUGCUAUGGCGACCUCCGCGCCUGUUUCCAUGGCAACGUCACCCUGCGCGCAGGUAACCUCACCUUGUGGCGGGAGCUGCGGGGCUGCGUCCCCGACGGCGACUGCGGCCCCGAGCGGCGCGGCGACGACGCGGCCUCGCUGGGCGGCUCCUGUUGCCGCGGCGACCUCUGCAACGGCAAGAUGGCCGACAAAAGCCUCUUCGCGCCCGACCUGCCCCGCCUGGAGCUGCUGCCGCACGGCCACGCCCCCACGGCCGCGCCCGACAACGCCACGGCGGACGGCGGGGGGAGAAAUGGCACCCGCGGCAAGAUGGCCGCCGGUGGUGGUGGCGGUGCCAGUAUGGACGCCGGCGACCGCACGGCCGCUGGUGAUGCCAAAACAGCCGCGCCCGGGCAUGACAUGGCCGCCGGCGGCAGGAGAGCCGCUGGCGGCAAGAUGGCCGCCGGUGGGAAGAUGGCCGCCGGUGGCAAGAUGGUCACCAGGGAUAAGAUUGCUGAUGAAGACAAGAUGGCUGACGGGGACAGGAUGGGUGAUGGGGACAAGAUGGCUGCCGGGGACAAGAUGGAUGAUGGAGACAAGAUGGCUGCCGGUGGCAAAAUGGUCACCAGGGACAAGAUGGCUGACGGAGACAAGAUGGCUGACGGAAACAAAAUGGCUGCCGGUGACAAAAUGGCUGAUGGAGACAACAUGGCUGCCAGUGACAACAUGGCUGACGGAGACAAGAUGGCCGCCGGUCACGUGGCCCCCAGGCGGCCAAUGGGGCGCAAGGAUGGGACCAAGGGUCCGGUGGGGCGGGGCCAAUCGCUGGGCGGGCCCGGGUGGCUCCUCCCCUUCCUGCUGUGGCCCCUCCUCCGCUGAGGGCGGGGCUUCUUCUGCAAUAAACGGGUGUGGUCAAA